CACGUGAAUCACACACUUCACUGGGACCGAAGAAAGUUUAGACCUUCCAAUCCAAUCCAUACACGUCUGCCUAAUCCCAAGCUCUCUCCACACUUGUCGGAAUUGAGACCCGGAUGCCGCUUUUGUUACUCGCCGCAGCCAUUCCGGCGACUCUCAGGUUUCUCGUAUUUUCUGAUGGACUCAUUGAUAUUGAGCUAAAGUUUUCACCAAGUUUCUCAUGAUUAUCAGGUCCUGCUACUUUCGUUUAAAUUCUGAGCUCUAAGCAGUUUGAGCAAAUUAGCGCCAGGAAGAAUGCCUGGACUUUCCAGCAUAAUUGGGCUGGAAACAUGUGGAAGCUACUUGAUUUUUGAGAGCGAAACUGCCCUCUGGAGUGGCGUCCGGGCAUUCUUAUAUGUUCUUGGUCUUGCUUACUGUUUCCUUGGAUUAUCAUCUAUUACUGUUCGUUUUUUCCGGUCCAUGGAGAGUGUUGUGAGCCACACGCGGAAGGUGGUCUCUAGUGAUCAAGUUAGUAGGCAUGAGAAAGUGUGGAAUUUCACAAUCGCAGAUAUUAGCCUGCUGGCCUUUGGGACCAGCUUUCCUCAAAUAUCAUUAGCCACUAUCGAUGCUAUACGAAACAUUGGAAGCCUGUAUGCUGGAGGUUUGGGUCCUGGAACACUAGUUGGUUCUGCUGCAUUCGACCUUUUCCCCAUCCAUGCUGUUUGUGUUGUAGUUCCUAAAGCUGGAGAGCUGAAAAAGAUAGCUGAUAUAGGAGUCUGGCUGGUUGAGCUCUUUUGGUCUUUCUGGGCAUAUAUUUGGUUAUAUAUAAUUCUAGAGGUGUGGACACCAAACGUGAUUACACUAUGGGAGGCCUUAUUGACAGUACUACAAUACGGGUUACUGCUGAUACAUGCUUAUGCUCAAGACAAGCAGUGGCCCUACUUUUCUCUUCCUUUGCCAAGAAGUGAGAGACCAGAGGACUGGGUGCCAGCUAAGCCUGUUGCAUGCAAGCUUGAUAGUGGUCUCUGUGAUGAGUAUUCUGAAAUACUUCAUGUUGGCGAAGGUGAAAACAGAGGCGUUGUUGAUAUUUUCUCCAUACAUUCAGAGACAGGAAAUGUGUAUCAAAAAGUCUCAGGAAUUGACGAAACUCCUGAAUCCUCUAAUUCCUCAUUAGAGGAUUUUCAAGAGAAAAUGGUGUCAGAAGAUCAUCCAGUUUUUACACUUUGGAGGCAACAAUUUGUAGACGCAGUCCAGCUCGAAAGCACAGAAUCAAGAAAAGUGAGAAACUUCUAUUUGCGAAUGGCAAGAAUUUUCUGGCAAUUACUUCUUGCUCCCUGGAGACUAUUAUUUGCAUUUGUUCCUCCUUAUAACAUUGCUCAUGGCUGGGUUGCCUUCAUUUGUUCCCUAAUUUUCAUCAGUGCGAUAGCUUACAUUGUAACACAACUCACUGAUCUCAUAAGUUGUGUCACAGGAAUAAAUCCUUAUGUCGUAGCAUUUACUGCAUUAGCAAGUGGAACUUCGUGGCCAGAUUUAGUUGCAAGCAAGAUUGCUGCUGAACGUCAGUUGACAGCUGACUCUGCCAUUGCAAACAUCACUUGCAGCAAUGCAGUGAAUAUAUAUGUUGGCAUCGGUUUUCCAUGGCUGAUUGACACUGCAUACAAUUAUUUUGUAUAUAAAGAACCACUGCGGAUUGAGAAUGCAGCGGGUCUUAGCUUCUCAUUGCUUGUAUUUUUCGCAACCUCAGUAGGCUGCAUUUCAGUUCUGGUAAUUAGGCGUCUAACAUUGGGUGCAGAGCUUGGAGGGCCAAAGCUUUGGGCAUGGAUUACCUUUGUGUUUUUCAUGUUGCUUUGGAUAAUUUUUGUUGUGCUGUCUUCUCUCAAAGUUUCUGGCAUCAUAUAA